AUGGUGGAUAUCUAUGCUUCAGUCGUUUUCCAGGCAGUGGAAAGUGAGGGCAACUACCUUCGCAUACAGGACGAUACCUUGACUGGCACUGCGGCUUCGGUGGAUAAUUCAACGAAGUGGAACUUAAGAAAUUUAGUUCGGAUUGGGGAGAAUCUGCUGGAGAAGCCGGCGUCGCGGGUGAACUUGGAGACUGGGCAAUCGGUGCCGAUGGUGGAUGGGGAGGGAGGAACAAUGUCGAACAAGGAACGACUUAUUAAAUUUGCCAAGACAUUGUCAGAUGAAAGGAAGCUUAGGCAAGAAAACUUGGUUUCAUCUGCAUGA